AUGUCGAACACCUGCGUACUAAUUAUAGGUACACGCAAAUAUCUAAACGCGAUUGUGAACAGGGAAACUAGCCAACCACCUGGGCAGUCAAAUCGGGCAGGUGGCUGGGGAAAUCGUGCUCGGAGAACUAGCUGUGUAUUGGACAUGUACACGAAAAUAUUUAAAGGCAACCAAGAAAGGGGAAACUGGCCAACCACCUGUGCAGUCAAAUCGAGCUUGUGGCUGGGGAAAUCAUGCUCGGAGAACUAG